AUGUAUCGAAGACCCUUACCAGCAGGACAGGGGAACAGCGCCCUUUUUCUGUUGUUGUGGCUGAACUCCUUGUGCCAAACAGAGUCCUGUCCGGGGGUCUGUGUGUGCUACAGUGAGCCCAAAACCACAGUGGGAUGCCAGCAGCAAGGUCUUACCUCAGUACCUUUGGAGAUACCAAUUCGAAGUCAGCGAAUCUUUCUGCAGAACAACCGCCUAACCGUGGUGAAGUCAACCAGCUUUAGUUCCUGCCAGAACCUAACUGUUCUUUUGCUUUAUUCGAACAACAUUAGCUACAUUGAAGCGGGAGCAUUCUACGGGCUGGAAAAGUUGGAGGAACUGGACAUUGGGGAGAACAGUAAUUUAAGAACCAUCAGCCCUACAGCGUUUAGAGGUCUGUUAAGAUUGCACACAUUGCAUUUGAACAGGUGCGGCCUGUCUGAACUCCCAGUCGGCAUUUUCCACAGAUUAUUUUCUCUGCAGUACCUGUACCUUCAAAACAACAAUCUGCAGACGUUACAUAAUGACACUUUUGUAGACUUAGCCAACCUGACUUAUCUCUUUCUGCACAACAACAAAAUCAAAGCCUUGUCCGAGAAUGUUUUCCGUGGGCUUACCAACUUGGAUCGUCUGCUUUUACAUCAGAACAAGGUGAGCGACGUACACCCAAGAGCUUUUCACGACCUAAAGAAGUUAACUACAUUUUACCUAUUCAAUAACAACCUGACCGAGUUGCCAAAGGGAACCAUGGACCCCCUGGUGUCACUGCAAUAUCUGCGUCUUAACGGCAACCAGUGGAUCUGCGAUUGCCGUGCUUUGUCGCUAUGGGAUUGGUUUCGACAGUUUAAAGGUUCAAGCUCAGAACUGGAGUGUAAUCUUCCUCUGAAUCUCGCCGGGAAGGACCUCAAGUUACUGAACAGAAGUGACUUGGAUCGAUGUCCGGAUCGUUCCCAUCACAUGCAAACCAGUAUUUUUAGCACCAAGACCAAAAUGACAAAGUUGCCCACGACUGAAUCGCCAGUGAGGGAAAGCUAUCCCAAGUGUUGCCAAUCAGAGAUGGAUAAAUCCUCCAUCAUUUUUAGCAAAGAGCAUGUGGACCCUUCCUCCUACAACAGUCGCCAAAUAACCAACAACCCACUGAAGGAAAAGGAGAACAUUUCAAAAACCAAGUUCCAGGAAAUAGACCAUACCAAGAACAGCACUCAUAAGCAGCGGCUGAACGAUGCACCCAUUGGGACAUAUUCCAGCACGUUGGACCAGUCAUUGGACAAAUUAAAACCAGAAUUUAUUGAGAACAUGGAAUCAUCGACAGCUCCCACGAAGAAGAAGAAAAAAUGCACAAAAAAACCCAAGUCAGAUUCGCAAUGUCUCAAGGCUAACAAUUCCACGUCCGUUAAGCCAAAUUUACUGGUUCUGCCGAUAAUUUGGAUCUGGCUAACCAUGUGCUAGGAUCUGAUCCCGGACUGUGGGUAACCAACUCACAGGGGAUAUAUAGUGACCUCCAGACUGCAGCUCAGCAGGUCGGUUCCUGCUCGAGAUUCUAGGAAGAAGAGGAAGCCGAAGAAGAAACUUUGAUAAACUGAGACAAACAUUCAACUGGAUGCCUUUAUACAAUGCAUAAAAUCUAAUGUAUAUAAUAGUUGGUGCCCAAAUGAUUUUUCGUUCUAUGUACUGUGACCGAGCGUAACUCUCCCUUUCCUUCUUCUCAACUCUUUGCUGCAGAGAUGGCCAUGUUUUACAGACUGUGACUAGGGAAAAAUACAAAAAAAAAAAAAAAUGCGAACGAUAUAUAUUGAACUCUUAUCGAAUCACGAAUGUUUUGGAGAUUUAUUAAGUACUUGAACAUGAAGAUGUGGCAGAUUUCUUUAUUUUUAUUUGCACAAGCUGAUGCAUUCAUUCAAUGCUGUUUGGGUUCUUAUGUUUAUAAAUAUAUUCAAAUGAAAGAUG